AAAGUAAAGCUGAGCAAUAUAUUAAUAAUAUUCGACAAAAAAUACUUUCAUAUGAAACAAAUUACACAAGUUUAAAUUCUUUAAUUUUGGAAAUAGAAUGUGAAGAUUAUAUAAAACAUGAUAAAUUUUUUCCUAAAAGGCAAAUUGCAAAAAAACAUCGUAUUAAUACUCUUGAAUAUGAGUUGGAUUUAUAUGAGCGAGAACCUCUUGAAAACUUUGAAAAUGAAAGCAAUGAAAUAGAAACUAAUAUGAAAAAUAGUGGACUACAUAGUUGGAAAUUAUUAUCAAACCGAUUUCCUAUACUUAGUCAGAUAGCCUGUGACUUUCUUAGUAUCCAACCUUCUAGUGUUGCCAGUGAACGAGCUUUUUCUCAUGCUGGCUUUACAGUUACAAAGGAUAGAGCUAAUCUUAAUGAAAACACAGUAUCCAGCACAAUACUUAUGCACUCAUGGUUAAAAGAAAGUCAAAAAAAAUCUAGUCUGCUUGAAAAUUUGCCUGAAACAAAAUAA